AUGACAGAAGUUACCAAUUCAUCUUGCUUUGGAGAUGGUGACCAAUCGAUCACUAAUAGGAAGAAAUUGAGGGAGGCACUCCUCCGACAAUGCAAGGAGCUUGAUCUGAUCUGUCAUGGGGCCCAUUGGAUACUCCCAAGAUACACAGUAUUACCUUCAGUUUCAGAUGGAAUGUACCAUGCCAGUGUACGUCUGAGAUGCCUAGAUUUUGAUAUGAGCCUCACUGGUGGUCUUCGUCCUACCCCAUACGAGGCGAAGUGCUCGGCGGCUGCCAAUAUGAUACUGGAGCUUCACAAGAAGGCGGAAGAGCAAGAAGAGUAG